AACGCGGCGCGGACACAAAAAUCAGCCGGCCACGCUCCACGGCGCGACGCGCGUGCCCGUUCGUUUGUUCUAUUUUGGUCGGGAUAUCUACCCGAUUCCGCACAUAUUCGUUAAACGAACCGCAGAGUUUAAUGAACGACGUUUCCGAAUUUAUUAUUGAUACAGAAGAUGGAGAUACGCGUAUUCACGCUGCAGCUUACGAAGGCUCCAUUGAGCAGAUUCGAGAGCUUAUUAAAUGUUGCCCUUCUGAGAUCAACCGGCGAGUACGGCCGUUUGGUGCAUCGCCUCUCAGACUGGCCGUUACGCGGGGUCACAGCACCUGCGUCCGUUACCUCUUGAGGCACAAUGCCGCUGUGGAUCUGCCGGACAUCAAGGCACAGACCCCGCUGCUGAUAGCCAUCCAGAAGAAGUACACCGACUGUGCCAGUGCCCUCAUUAAGGCAGGGGCAAACCCCAACGGAGACCCUGGCAACAGGAGCACACCCCUGUACAUCGCUGCACAGAUUGGCUACGUUGAAGGCGUUAAGCUUCUUCUAGCAGCUGGAGCAGACACAGAGGUGGAGCACAGACUGCUGGGCUGCGCCCCUGGGCUGCCACUGCACAUCAGUGCCAUCUAUCACCACUUCCAUUGCUACAGCACCCUGCUGCUCAACGGGGCAGAGCCAGACUUGCGCCACAUCUGCCCUUCAGUGCCCACAGGGCUGUAUGCAAAGGUGUCGCUGUCCCACGUGCUCGUGAAGCAUCGGUGCCCCACCCGCUUCGGCGUACUGUUCAUAGAGUUUGGGGGACGCCUCUGGCAACGAGACGUCCGUGGACUUUUGGCCACGGACCUUCCGCAGGACGCCCCUUGCAAGAUACUCUUCCAGCAGUUUCUGGACAAACCAAGAUCACUGCAGUCCAUCUGCAGACUUGGCAUACGGAGGACAGUUGGGCAACGAAGGCUCAAGUACCUGAAGACACUGCCAGUGCCCAUCAAACUAUCCAACUUUCUAUUUUACAUGGACAUUAUUCCUAAUGCGCUAGAGUAUAUGGCUUUUUAAUGUGCAGGAAUGAACCGACUUCCAGAUGUGUUCAAUUUCUUUGGGGAUAUUGUGGUAAUAUUCCUUAAACAGCUAAUAUACUGUUCAAUCAUUAAAAUAUUUCAUUACAGAGAGAAGAA